AUGGAGGUCAUUAUGCCAACAAAUAAAUUAGACGACAGGUUCAGAAAAGAAGAUUACAAACCUGUAGACAAAAUGGAGUCAAAUAUGGAUCAAAUUGAAUCUCAGAAAACAACAAGGGGAGUACCACCGACUAUUUCAACAAAAAAGACAACUGGAUAUGAAGACGUUGAUUUGGAUGAUACAGAUAUGAAAUUUAAACCAUUGAGUAACGAGGAAACGAUUGAAAAAGUUAAACAACAUAAUGAAGAAUACAUGAAGAAACAGAAGGAAGACGAGGAAACAGAGAAAGAUAAUCCAACAACACCACCUCAAGCUGCUGUGUAUGCUUGUGUAAACAAACCUAACAAUACGGUAACUAUAGAAAACAAACCUCCUGCUGAUCAAGAGGAAGAAGAUUUGUAUGAGGAAUCAAAGGAAGGGCUGUAUGAUACAUCUGGCGACAGGCGUCACAAGGAAAACAUUACUGUCGAAAAUUACAAUUCAACGAAUAAUCUCAAUAAUGCCCCUGACUGA